AUGGAGAAGGCAGAUGACACCUAUGACAGUCAAGGGACUAUCGAAGAGGUAUUCUUUUCCCCAAAUUCAACUGUUACACCCGAUUCUUCUUCAAGCGACGCUUCGUUGCGCGAAUCCAACCCCAAGCCAGACACGGCUCCCUCGCAACUGGGUCCUCGCACCAUCACAGGAACCCAUGCCACCAUCGCCGCAGAUGUGCAAUCGAAGGUCGUUGAGAUCGGAUUCGGAUUUCCACUCGGAUCUGUGUCGGUAAUCUGUGUGUGUGAUGCUCUUUACGCACGCUUCAACAUGAAAUGGUCGUACCUGGAGUCAACAUUACUGUUCGCGGCAGGCUCAGCGCUAUACGGUGCAGCUCCCAACAUGGCAUCCUUGAUUGUUGGGCGCGUCAUUGCCGGGGCUGGUGGCAGUGGGCUCUAUAUGGAUUGUCUCAAUCUUUUCACCAGUUUCACUACUCCCCAUGAGCGCGGUGUCUAUAUCACCGGUACAGCCGUCUUCACCCCAGUUACCAUGAUAUGCAUGCCCUCUAUCAACCCGGGAGCUAGUACACUUCUGUUUAAUCGUCUACGUCGUCUUGACUGGGUGGGAUUUGUACUCGAGGCUGGGACCUGGAUGGCAUUUACAAUGGCAUUCACUAUGGCUGGAGGGAAAUGGCUUUGGAAUGACUGGGUCACAAUGAUUGUGGUUUUUGUGGUACUCUGUCACUUCACUUUCAUUAUUGUGCACUAUAUUCCCAUCUACUUCCAAUUUCUGCAUGGGGACUCAGCGCUAGAUGCGGCGGUGCGAUUACUUCCCUAUAUUGUUGUGACUGUACUACUCAACCUGAGGGCUGGCUCGCUCGUCGCGCGCGUGAAGUACUACAAACCGGUAUACUGUGUCUCGGCUGUCUUCAUAGUUCUAGGUGGCGUGCUACUGACGGUCUAUUUGAAACCCGACACGAAUGAGGGCUACAUCUAUGGCUUCACGGUUCUCACGGGAGUUGGUUCUGGUCUCACCCUACAGCUUAGCUACGCCGUUGCCAGCCUCAGAGCUCCUGGUCAGGAAAACGGCGCGCUCUGCCUGCAGAAUAUUGCACAGAUUGGUGGCUCUGUCAUAGCCCUUGUGAUUGCUGGCCAGAUCUAUCAGACUUACGCCCGCAAUGGGCUGACGACAGUUCUCGCCGGCACCGGCUAUAUGUCGACUGAUAUUCAGAGUAUCGUGGCUGGAGCUCAGAGCUCCUUGUUUGAGGAUCUCGAUGCUGAAAACAACUUGAAGAUUGCGGCCAUUACCGCCAUCACCACUGCUAUGCAAAAAGUUUCCAAAGUUUCAUUCUAA